UCAGAAACAAAAGUUAAGUGGGGUAAUUGGCAUCCUUAAACGGUUGCUAAUUUACUUUCCCUACACUCCUCAUCAACACCAAUCUUUGGUAUCUAUCCUCUGAACUAACUACAAAGUUUCAAUCAGCCCCCCACCUCCAUUAGCGUUCAUCAUCAUCAAAUUACUCAUUAAUGGCCCCCCAAGACGUGUUCACUGGCGCUGUCAAGGCCGUCUCUACGCUGACCACCGGCUACCCCAAGAGGGCGUACGUAACUUUCUUGGCCGGAAAUGGCGACUACGUCAAGGGGGUCGUCGGUUUGGCCAAGGGUCUGCGAAAGGUCCAAAGUGCAUACCCUUUGGUGGUUGCGAUAUUGCCUGACGUGCCUGAGGAGCAUCGUGAGAUCUUGAGGUCUCAGGGCUGCAUCGUCCAUGAAAUCGAACCUAUUUAUCCACCUGAAAACCAAAUUAAGUUUGCUAUGGCUUACUAUGUCAUCAACUACUCCAAGCUUCGUAUUUGGAACUUUUUGGAAUACAGCAAGAUGAUGUAUUUGGAUGCGGAUAUUCAAGUGUUCGACAACAUAGACCAUCUGUUUGACAAACCCGACGGGUAUUUCUACGCGGUGAUGGACUGCUUUUGCGAGAAGACAUGGAGCCACUCUCCCCAAUACAAGAUUGGGUACUGCCAGCAGUGCCCAGAUAAGGUUAAGUGGCCUGCCGAGAUGGGUUCUCCUCCUCCCUUGUACUUCAACGCUGGCAUGUUCGUCUUCGAGCCUAGCCGUUUAACUUAUGAAAACCUUCUUGAGGUCCUCCAGAUCACUCCUCCUACUCCCUUUGCAGAACAAGAUUUCCUGAACAUGUACUUCCAAAAAGUGUACAAGCCCAUUCCUCUGGUAUACAAUCUUGUUCUUGCUAUGCUAUGGCGCCAUCCAGAGAACGUUGAGCUUGACAAAGUCAAGGUGGUGCACUAUUGUGCUGCUGGAUCAAAACCAUGGAGGUACACUGGCAAGGAAGUUAACAUGGACAGAGAGGACAUCAAGACAUUGGUGGCAAAAUGGUGGGAUAUUUACGACGACGAGUCACUCGACUUCAAGGAUGAAAACCCAGUUCCCGAGGAAGAUACAUUCUCAAGGUCAUCAUUCAUGGCUUCCAUGCCCGAGCCAACCAUAUCCUAUAUUCCUGCUCCUUCUGCUGCCUGAAGAGUAAUAAUUAGAAAAGGCUAUAUAGUAUUUUGGAAUUAAUUAAGUUAAAUCGGUGUACUAAUCCCUUCGAUCUUUUUCUUUUCUUCCUUUCUUCCCCAUUUUAUACCCUUUUUUUUUCUAGGCUACUUUGCCUUUUCUUUGUUUUGGUUUCAAAGAAAAUACAUAUAUAUAAAAGUUUCAUAAUAUGUAUCCUAAUUAGUUAAUAUGUAUCUUUGCUGGUAAAAGAAUGUGUAACUUUUGUACUGAAUAUAAUAUAUGUUGAGAACUUAGUUUUAUAUA